AAACUCUAUACCAUUUCAGACAAAUGGUUGUCCAAUCUCAUCUUAAAAACUUCCAGUGUUGGAGCCUUCCCAACUUCUGGAGGCAAGCCGCUCCACUGAUUAAUUGUUCUAACUGUCAGGAAAUUUCUCCUUGGUUCUAGGUUGCGUCUCUCCUUGACUCGUUUCCAUCUGUUGCUUCUUCUCCUGCCCUCAGGUGCUUUGGAGAAUAGCUUGACUACCUCUUCUUUGUGCCAAUCCCUGAGAGAUUGGAAUGCUGCUAUCAUGCCAUCCCUAAUUAUUCUUCUCAUUAACAAGACAUACCCAAUUCCGGCAACUUGUCAUGCCUCACCAUAAUAUCCUUGGUAGUCCUCGACUUACAACAGUCCGUUUAGUGACCAAAUUUACAACGGCACUGAAAAAAGUGACUGAUGACUGCUUUUCGCAUUAUGACUGUUGCAGCAUCCCUAUGGUCACGUGAUCAAAAUUCGGACGCUUGGCAACUGACUCAUAUUUAUGACGGUUGCAGUAUCCCGGGGUCAUGGGACUCCCUUUCGCGACCUUCUGACAAGCAAAUUCAAAGGGGAAGCCAGAUCCACUAAACAACUGUGUUUCUAACCACACAACUGCCGUGAUUCACUUAAUGACUGUGGCAAGAAAGGUCGUAAAAUGGGACAAAACUCAAUUAACAACUGUCUCACUUAGAAAUGGUGGCCUCAGUUGUGGUUGUAAGUUGAAGACUAACUGUUUUGUGAGGAAGCCAUGUGUGGAAUACCGUCUUCCCAAAGAAGAUGAGAACAGGCUGGAUGAAAAACUGGUGACCCCUUUUCAAAAAAAUUUUCCAUGAAGAUGUUCCGAUGUCCAGGAUGAGUCAAAAGGAAGAUCUGCAGAAGUUGCAGGCCAGCGCCCUUCUUUUUGACCCAGUUAGAGUUAAAAAGGAAGAGGAAGCCAUCCCUUUCGACCAGGCAAAAGAUAGUGAAGGCAGAAGUUACGUGUCUGAGGUAAAAGAUGAGGACCAUCAGUGGAAACCUGAGGAAGAGAAAGGAGCAGCCGAAGAGAAUCUGCGCAGCAAUGUUGUGCACAGAGAACCUAUGAAAGAUGCCCAAGAACUGUGGAGGCAUCAUGAGAAAACUCUGGAAAGAAAUAUUAACUGCAUUUCUUCCUGGGGCAAUGAAAUUCCCGGGCAGGAGGGACUCCGCGAACGUGAGCAGGAGAAGAGGUCACUCUACAGCGCAGUUCAAGACGAGCAGGCCGUCUACCAGUGCUUGUACUGUAAGAAGUCCUUCAACGCUCACUUUAAAUUGAUUAGACACCACAGGAUCCACACCGGGGAGAAACCCUACAAAUGUUUGGAUUGCGGCAAGAGCUUUGACCAAAAAGGCAACCUGAUCGCCCACGCGAGAAUCCACACCGGGGAAAAACCGUUCGUGUGCCCCGAUUGUGGGAAAAACUUCAGCCACAAAGGAAGCCUUAUUUUGCACGUGAGAACCCACACGGGAGAGAAACCGUACAAAUGCCCGGACUGUGGGAAAAGAUUCAGCCGAUCUGGGUCCCUGAGAGAACACGAGAAAACCCACACGGGGGAAAGACCGUAUGCUUGCUUGGAUUGCGGGAGGAGUUUCCGAAAGAAUUCUGAGCUGGCCACGCAUUACCGGUUUCACACGGGUGAGAAGCCGUAUAAAUGUUCAGGCUGUGAGAAAUCUUUCAGCACGAGCUCUAACCUCAUUGCCCAUCAAAGGACUCACACGGGAGAGAAACCGUACAAAUGUUGUGACUGUGGAAAAAGGUUCAGCCAGGCCGGAAAUCUGAAAGAACACGAGAGGACUCACACCGGAGAGAAGCCGUAUAAGUGUCCAGACUGUGGCAAAAGCUUCCGGCAAAUCUCUUACUUUAUGAAGCAUCACCAGACUCACCUUCCAGAAGGGAAAAUGCCAAUGGAGGAGAAACCCUAUAAAUGCUCAGACUGCGGGAAAGGUUUCGGAGAGAAAGCGAGCCUUGGGAGACACGAAAGAAUCCACACCGGAGAGAAACCGUUUAAAUGCUCCGAUUGCGGGAAAAGCUUCUGCCUCAAAUCGAACCUGGUUGUCCACGUGAGAAUCCACACGGGAGAGAAACCGUACAAAUGUUCCGAGUGUGGCAAGAGCUUCAACCAGACGUCAAGUCUUCAUAAUCACGAGCGAACCCACAAGGGCGAGGAACCCUAUAAAUGUUUGGAAUGUGGGAAAAGCUUCAACAGGCCGUCGCAGCUGAAGACUCACGGGAGAAUCCACACCGGAGAGAAACCCUUUAAGUGCUCAGAAUGUGGGAAAGGCUUUGUUUACAGUCAUCACCUUGUUAGACACCAGAGGAAUCACACGGAAGAGAAACCUUACAUAUGCUCCCAAUGCGGAAAGGGGUUUAGCCACAAAUCCACCCUUAUUAGACAUCAGGGAAUCCAUAAAGAAGGAAAAAAAUAGAUACGUUUUUUUGGUUUUGCCUCCGGUGCAUGUGUGAAAACUCAUGCAGAAGUCAGAAGUUCAACCAUAAGGAGAUCCAGGAUAGCAAUAGCACUUAGACUUAUAUACCCCUUCACAGUGUUUUACAGCCCUCUCUAAGCAGUUUACAGAGUCAGCCUAAGGCUCCCAACAAUCUGGGUCCUCAUUUUACCCACCUCGGAAGAAUGAAAGGCUGAGUCAACCUUGAGCUGGUCAGGAUCGAACUGCUGGCAGCCGACAGUCAGCAGAAGUAGCCUGCAGUACUGCAUUCUAACCACUGGGCCACCACCACGGCUCUUGGAAUGCGAAAGACAAAUUUUCUGCAUUGGCCAGAGAACUGAACUAGACAGAUGUUUUAUGAGAUCCGGGAGGACUCUUCAUAAUGUUCUUCAUCACAGUGGUCAGUGAUUGGUCUUUGGAGAGCUUGAAAGAACCACCUCAAGUCUCCUAUGUCCAACAUUUAUGCUUAGACUCUCCAAGGUGCUUCUCAAAAGGCAACUGGACUUUCUUGCUUUUUUUUCCCCUUGAAAACAUUUCGCUUCACAUCCAAGAAGCUUCUUCAGUUCUGACUGAAUGGUGGAGAACGGGAGGAUUUAUAUUCUUUGCAGUUAUCUGGUCGCUAGGAUUUAGAAAGUUGGUCAUUAUUAGCACCUUUGAGACAACUGUGACCUGGAUGAUUGAGAAUCUCCAUAGACAUUCAGGCUCAGAGUAUCUCCACAUGCAAUUCAGGUAGCACCAGCCAUGUGGAAGAAGGAAGAAGCUAAGCUUGGGAGAAGAUGACUGAAGAAGUAGAGGAAUCUCCUUGGAGGGGAGAUAUCCAGGGGUUGGAAAAUCUCACCCCCAAAAUAGCUGAAUGAAAACUAAGCAUAUUUGGUGAUUAUUGGAGAUACUGGUGGGAGGGUAUAGAAAACCGAGUAUAGAGAGAGAAUAAAAUGAAGGACAUCACUAAUCAGCAUAA